CUUACCACUCCCACUCCCUAUUCUAUUCCUUGCUUCUCGACUUCCUCGCUACUCCGCCAACUCCCCAACCAUCUAUAUCCUCGACACACGCUUUCCACAUCCCUGAGUGCAUUAUCAACUGCAGUUCCCUUCCCUAUUCCAUCCCCUCCCUUCCGCCCCCGAAUCUCAACAAAGAAACUAUAGUUCCAGUUCCGCGCCCGCUCGGCCGCGUGUUGAUGCUAGUGAGGUUUACGCCGAGGCGCGCGAAGGAGGCCAGGCAGUGUGCUGGUGCGCCCGCGUGGGUAUGAGAGGUUGUGAAGCUGAUUAGGGAUUUGUAGGGGGUUUGUGGUUGGGAUGGGGAUGGGGAUGUUCGUCUUGUCUCAGCUUCCUUUUGCGAUCAACGAAAGCACGUCAUAGCACUUGCAGGUACUUGUACGCACUCCUUGUUUCUGAGAUUGAGAUCUUGCUCUACAAAGAUUUCUUCGACGUUAGAUUAACAGAACCCGGAGCCCCGCCACGCCCACUCGUCAAGCUUCCUGCCAAUAUGUCACACUGCCACAGCGAGCACCACGAUCACAAUCACGACCACGGCGACGGUCAUGAGCACGACCAUACAGAUGACAUCACGCCGGCGCUCCAGAACAUCCUAUACGAGCAAAUCGACUUCAGCAAGCUCUUCACGCUCAACGAAGACGAGUCGAACAGCGGUCGCGCAAUCUGCCAGAAGACAUGGGCACAACGACUGGAGCCCGAGCCCGAGCUGAAGAGUUCAGCAGAUGAGCAGUUACUGAUGGUUGUACCUUUCACCGGGCAGGUGCGCCUACACUCGAUUCUCAUACGGACGUCCAACAGUUCGGAUUCCCCCAAGACGCUGAAAGUCUUCCUCAAUCAAGAUUCAAUUGACUUCGAGACCGCCAGCGAGAAAGUGCCUACGCAGACGCUGGAAAUCAGCCAGACAAACGAGGUGCAGGAGAUUCCGGUCAAGAGGGCAUACUUCAGUACAACGAGAAGUCUUGCAUUGUUCUUCGAGGACAACUGGAGCAAUGGGGAAGAGGAGGAGACGAGGAUUAGCUAUCUGGCGUUCAAGGGGGAUUUUAUGAAGCUCAACAGGGAACCCGUGUCGGUGCUAUACGAGGCGGCAGCGAAUCCGACUGAUCAUAAAACUAUCGUGGGCAUUGGGCAGGGGGUGGGAAGGAGUAUUCAAUAGUAGGGUCGGUAAGCAUGGUGGGAUGGUUCGCUAAACCAGUUUCGGCAUCUUUUUAUCUUCUGGCUUUUCAUUCUCAAUCCAUGAUGUAGAAUAAACGGUAGUCAAUUAGGUUAGCGAAAGGAGCAUGGAGAGAUCGAAUAAAAAAACAUACUCUAUGCAUGUGUUUCGUUUUGUGGGUAGCAUCGUGUCUCGAGCUGUCGUGUAUCCAACGAUGGCGGAUGGCCAAUUGUCUUCAAUAUUGCGCCAUUCUCUGCGCCUCGAGCCCUUCAUAAUUCAUCUUCCACUCUCCAGUUUGCCACCAUCCCACUGGACAAAGUGACGAGUAAGCGCUCCCCAAUCUGAGAUCUGUGCCAAGUUUCCCUUGUCCCCACCCUCACUCUCUUAAGCAUGUCAUGUUCUCGUUCUCAUCCACCCGCCCCACCACCGCCACGCUAUCCCCCCGAAUGAUAUACAAUCCUAGCGGGACCUCUUCGCUCGGGACUUCUUCGUCGCACGGCCGAAUGAUGCGCUCAACGGCCGCUUGGAGGACGAUGUUCAUGCUCCCGUCGCAGGAGAGCAGGAUGCCGACCAUAGUGCGUCCGUCGAGCGUGAGGACCGAAACGCGCUCUGCAAGGAAGGUCAGUGGGUGGAGGGAGAAGGGCAGAGGAGGGUAGCCGUGCUGCUCAGAUAGGCGUUGAGAGCCAUGGUUAAUAUGAGGGGAGCUGCUGAUGUAGAUGGGGUAUGGGACGCGCGGGAUCCGUUGUGCAGGCCCAACCCACUGUGUUAAGGGCGCAGGAGUUCACGUCUGCGUGUGCGGCUGGCUGGGUUACGCAGUUGAGACUCUGUUUUUCAUGCACCGAGACGAAGGCUUGGGGAUCAAGUUCCAAAGUUGCAAGCUGGAGAGAUUCGAGGGUCUGUGCCGACAGAGUGCAUCGAAUCAGCUCGAGUCUCCUCCGCAACGGUCUUCACGCUAAGGCAGACCGUGGAAAAUCUGGCAAAUGCCAGGUUUGCCAGAAUUAAGCUCGGAGGCUUGAGCUGGCCAGUGUUUCUGGGCCGCAUCGACGGACGAUCUUCAGUUGCAGACGAGGUCAACACCAGUCUUCCAUUCCGUACGUUCAACUUCUCCCAGUUAGUUGCCACUUUCGCCAAAGUUGGACUAGACACCAAGGACAUGAUCGUCCUUUCAGGCGGGCACUCUAUCGGACAACUCCACUGCGGAGCAUUUUUCAAGCCCCUGUGGGACUUUCAAGGUCAGAAUAUCACAGACCCAUCGAUGGACCCGGAAUUCGCCGAGUCUCUCAAGACCCUCUCCUCUUCAAAGGGGCCGAUUCCACUAACGCCACAUUCGACGCCGUUCACUACUUGGACCUUCUGACCCGCAAGGGCCUGAUGGACUCGGACGUGGCGAUGAUGAGCGAUCCCUUGGGAGUGGAAUACGCCAUCAAAGCUGUGCAGGACCCGUACUCCUUCCUGUUCGAGUUUGGAAUGGCCAUGAUCAAAAUGGGCAACAUUCCAGCGAGCAACCCUUACGGCUGGAGGAAGAAUUGCGCAGUCAUCGAGCCAUGCAACUAUUGAAAUCCAUAGAAAAGAACUCAGAUAACGUCUCUCAUUGCAACUGUACGGGACAGAGAACAGACUAAGAAAAAGACGAGUCCGUAGCACUUUUACAACUUCAUGAUCUUAGGAUUAAAUCACGUGUAAAUAUGGUUUACAUCAACUUGAGACACGCGGAGUACAUGUAGAGUACGUGAAGUGAGAAUAUUCGCUCAUUGGCGACAAAUGUACAUUUAGUACAGAGAGUUUGUAUCUCAGCCACC